GCCCUCACACACCGUUAGAGUGCUGCUACGGCUACACGAACUCCACUAUCCAUCUGGCUAAGCUGAGGAGUUUCUACAGGACUCCCAAUGAGUGUUUUAUGCCAGCAGUUGUGUUUGAGACCAAGAAGAGGAAGAUCUGUGCAAACCCCAAGGUGACUUGGGUGGAGAAAGCAGUUGAGUACCUUGAAAAAAAGAAGGGACGUCAUGCCCCGUGA